CAUUCAGGUACUCCUGAAGAGGUGUGGAAGUCCGUUCUCCCGCGAUUGGGGUUGCGGGAAGGUCUGUUCACAGACGUGAGGGAGCGCCAAAGACGACUGGCUAUGCUGUUCACACCGUGUUAUGGCUUUUCACCAGUACUUGACUCAGAGGUCAAAGUGGUGCCAGAUAUCUUCCACGGACAGUACAACUUUACGGAAGGCAAUGGUGCGAUUUCCCAGGCUAUGGCCGAGGACCUAGUCAAAGCGUGCAAUCUGCGCCUCGGGGAGGUAGGUAGUGUGUAG